AUGGCAUUAGAGCCAGUCAAUCUUGGCCAUAAAGUAAGUUUUUUACUACAAUAAUGCGGCUAAAUCUUUGAACAAUGAAUCUCAGUGGGAAAAUAAUUGUUUAUAAGGUUUCGUUGUACAGAGGUCUCCUUUCGCCUCUAAAAUUGGCUUUUGGAAUUUCAUGAGAGGUGUUGUUAAACAGAGUCUUAAUGUACAAACCUCUGUACAACAACUCACAAAAGAACAAGAAAAAUUUGUUAUACAUAGACUUCGCUCUAUAGAGACAUAUUUGGCAAUUAAAAUUGACGUUUGAGAGUAUUGAUAUGGUUGGUUAUAGAGAGGUUUCGUCCUAGUACAAAAGUUCGUUGUAGAGAGAUCUUAACGUGCAAACCUCUGUACAACAAAUCGCAGGGGUUAAAAAAAGAAAUUUUGUUCUAGAGGGGUUUUCAUUACAUAGAAGUUUACCUGGCCCUAUAUUGUUUGUUAUAUAGAGGUUUGGUCCUAGUACAAGGGUUCGUUGAAUAGAGGUCUCUGUUGAACGAUGGUUGCAAACCCUUAUACAACGAAUGGGCCAAAAAAAAGGAAAUUUGUUAUAGAGAGGUUUUGUUGUACAGAGAUGCCACAGUAAUUUUUUGUAGGUUUGGACACGAAUCAUUGGCUAUUUGGACGACACAACUCUACUAAACUUUAUAACAGUCCACAAAAGCCUCUCUCCCUUGGCAAUUGAGGUCCUUUACAAACGACGAUGCUGUCGAAAUCAAAUCUACCGACUUCCGGGUGAGACUUGGAAAGAGGCGUUUGCAGAGUGAGUCAUGAUUUUUAUUGCUGUGAAACUCUUCACAACGAAUUUCAAGAUACGAAAAAGACGUAUGUAACUUAUUUAAAUGGCCUUUUUUACGCUAUUUGUCCCACCAUUUUGCUGCUUUUCACACAGUGCAACCUCGAAAAAAUGGUCAAAGUCCACGCACUUUAUGAAAAAAGUAGGAUCAAUCUGUCGUGAAAAUAAUGUGGAUUCCUCGCGCCUUGCAAUUGUCCAUUUUUCGAUGCGACAAAGUGCUCAUUAUUUUCCCGACAGACAAAAAAAAAAGCGACUACAUUUUUGGUCGAUUGUAAUGCAUACAUUUUUUCCGCAUUUUCAGCCUUGCAAAUCGAGUGUUCUGGAACAAAUGGGAGCCCAUGAAGAAUGUAAUUUUUUGUGCUGAAAGGAACUGUGAGCGGUUUGGUUUUGUUGGCGAAAAUGAUGUCAUCGUCACUUCGUUUGACCUCUUGGAGAAAUUUGUUCGCCACUUCAAACUGGAGCACUCGGCACCGGAGUUGGCGGGCAAAAAAGUUUGGCUAAUCCGACAUGGCGAACUACUCGUUGUCUGGGUAAGGUAAACAGAAAAUCCCUUGUAAACAUAGCUCAGUGCUGCUGUUUUAAUGAAAGUUGGCAAAUUUUAGAAAUGAAGCGUUUGAGGUGCGACGCACGUCAAACUGAGGAGUCCGGUGGCCGGAAUAGACUCUUCGCUAUAGGUUUUUUACACUUCGUCUUGAUUUCGCAGAGAAAGAGAGAAAAAAGACACGCAAAAACAUACUCUCUCGCCCCAAAAAUUCCCCAUUUCUUCCCCGACAAAACGUUUUUUCGCGUCUUUUUUGGCAAAUUGCCAAUCCAUUCACCGGACUGUUUUAGCUUAUCUCAGUUUGACGUGCGACGCUCAGAUAGACAUGGCAAUUUAAAAGCAUAUAUUUACUCUCAGUCUGCAGGGAUUGUUCGUUAUCUGUUUGUCGGGAAAAUAAUUCGGAUUUUCUGAUUUUAUUUUGUCGGGAAAGUAAUGUGGAUUUUCCGAUAUCAGUCUGUAGGGAAAAUAACGUGGAUUUUCCGACAUCGGUCUGUCGGGAAAGUAAUGUGGAUUUCCGAUAUUAGGUUGUCGGGAAAAUAAUGUGGAUUAGCCCGCAUCAGUCUGUCGUGGAAAAAUAUGGUUUUUCUGAUAUUAUCAGUCCGUAUUGAAAAUAAUGUCUAUAGACAACUUCUUAAAAGAGAUCCCAGCAGUAAAUUUUUAGCUUGCUGGUACUUUCAAAAAGUGCAUAUACAUUUGUUGCGGCACUGUGCACAAAAACAGUCCAUUUUGCAGCAUUUAGCAAGCUUUGAGCGUCGCAUUUUGAGCACUUCUAAGAAGUCAUUAAAUUUCAGCUUCCCCCUCUCCAUACCAUUAAAAUAUACGAGGUGAACACCACCCAACUCAUCCACUCGCAGACCUUCACCAAGCCCCAAACCCCCGUCAACGGCUGUCUUUUGUACGACGAACGCUGCAAACUGUUCAACGCGUACGAUCAGAGCGUCCAUUAUGCAGACGUAAACGGCGACAUUCAGAAGGUCUUCUACAAAGAGAACGGAGAGCAUCUGAUAUUUUAUCACGACGGCGGCGCUUUGAGGGUUUAUAACUGUGCCACGGAGAAGAUGCGAGAGGAAAUUUCAACGCAAGAUUCUCAGUGUCAACUGCUCAAGGGGACCAAUGAAGUGAUGACAAUUCAUGGGAGAUAUGGUAAGUAUUCUUGGGCUGGCAAGGGAGGUUCUCCAACUUCGACACUGAGAUUUUGGUGAAACUUGGCAUGAAUUUAGAUUAAUUUUUUCUACGAUAUAUGCGAGAUUCCUAGCUGGCGCUUUCCAGAAACGACCGAGAUUUUAUAGCCUAAAGUUUCAAAAAAUUUGACAUUUUUUUUGCGAAUUUUGAAUUUUGGCAUGAAAAAUUUCAUGCCUGUUUCUACCGUAGAGGUGAUUUUUUUGGAAAAAAAAUCAAUUUUUUCCGCACGAAAGAUACGGCCAAAAGGACGUUUCCUCUCUGUCCGCUCUCCGCGUUUUGCAUGCUCUUUAAACCCCAAAGACCAUUGAAUAUCUCGGCUCUCCCAGAAAAGUCCGAGCUAAAGCUUUCAGGCUUUGAUAUGUGGCUCGUGUACGAGAUGUGUGCAAAGUUUGAAGAAAAUCUGAGUGUUGCACUUGAUGUACUUUUCUUAUCAAUUUUGAUGGACCAAAAAUGCCGGCUCGACCCGCUUUGAAUUCUCUUCGGCCCGGCUAGAGAGUUUUUUAAUCAAUCUGCCACAAAAAUAACGAUGACAAUGUUGCUGCGCCGAUUGUGUCGCCGAAGUGAAAAGCAAUUUGAUUUUACCGCGACACCAUUCAUUUUCUCAGCAGCGAUGAGAUUUUUGUCGCGACAAAAUGCUCAUUAUUUUCCCAACAGACUCAUUGAAAAAAUUAAUCUGAUCGCUGAGAUCUCUGCACCAACGGAAUAGUUUUUUUUUCAGGUUUUCGAGACGACAGAUCGCACAAGAAAGCGGAAAUUUAUGACGUCAGAAGUGGAAGCGAUCCGGUCUGCUUCAUCGAUCUGCCUCGGCGCUCAUCGAUUCUGGAAGCUUGCCCUGGCCUUCUUGUGAAAGUCCCAGGUCCUAGGGAAGUGGUAGGUGAUGUGUUGAACGGGCUUUACCGUCAUAAUCCAAAUCAAAGAGUCCUGUAGAAGGGCUCUAUUUAACAGAAUUUCAUUUUGGCCAGAAUUGACUCUUAUGGCACUUGUCCGUUGUAGAGGGGUUUUGUCCUAUGGGAGUUUGUUUUACAGAGGUUUCACUGUCUGUAUGUGUUUUCACAUGCUUGUACAGUAGGGGACCUGAUCCAGUGGCAAAAAACGUACCAUUUUGCAUCGGGGAAGUAUUAAAAAUGUAGCAAAAUGGUUCCCUCUGCAAGUGAAAAAACUUCGUGUUGAAGUCCCUCCCUCACAAAAGAGCGCGUUUUUGAAAUCUGAGUUUUUUCACUUGGAGAGGGAAGCAUUUUGCCACAUUUUUGAUACUUCCCGGAUGCAAAGUGGCAAAAGUGCAGGCUACAGUAGGGGACCUGGUCCAGUAGCAUAAAACGUACCAUGUCGCAUACGGGAAGUAUCCAAAAAUGUAGCAAAAUGCUUCCCUCUGCAAGUGAAAAAAUUCCGAUUUCAAAAUCCCGCCUGCUCCUUUUUGUGAGGAAAAAUGGCGCGCCCUUCAAACCCAAGUUUUGUCGCUUGGAGAGGGAAACAUUUUGCCACGUUUUUUAUACUUCCCGGAUGCAAAAUGGUACGUUUUUUUGUCACUGGAUCAGGUCCCCCACUGUAAAUAGCAUGUCUUUUUUGCAGCAAUCGACACGUGAGUAUAUGAUGUAUUCCUCAUGGCCGACAGGAAAAUGGGCUCGAGUCCUAAAACCAAUCGACCAAAUUUACGAUGGCCCACCCGGAACCUGGCUAAAGUUGGUCGAGGAGUCCGAGAAUCUCGUAUGGCUCACGGCACUAAGGCCUCAUGGAGAGACGCUGAAGACGCAGAAGUUGUUGUACUUUGAGGUUUUCAGGGGUGAGUUCUAAAGCCUGAAAACUUUAAAAUUUUCUGUAACUUCUGUACAGCAAAUACACCAAACUACUAGUACAAAUUACAGUAUUUUCUGCAAUGUAUACCGAUAUUCCAGGAAGAGUAGUCUGCAAAGCGAUGGAUCGAACUUUAUCAACCGAAAGACCUCAUUACUUCCACGAAUUGUACAGGGAAUUGCGAAACACCGUGCGAGAAACUUGA